AUGAUAUAUGGUGGUGACAUCCAUUUUUUCAAGAGACAUUUCCAGCCAUUCCGUCGAUACUAUAUCUCCAAUGCAAAACUUGAGACAGUCCAGCCGAGAUAUAGUACUUAUAGCAAUGAGUACUGUUGGGUUAUUGACAAUUCGACCGUUGUGCAACAAGUUUAUGAAUCGGAGCCUCCGAUGCUACCAGAUACAACCUUUCCCUACUACGCAGAUCUACUUGGAGUUGCCAUACAUGUUAACCCAAGGGCCAUGAGGGGACCAAUACCUACCAGAGAAAUAAUCAUAGUCGAUGAAAGCUCCCAACCUCUUGUCUUGACACUUUGGGAUGAGCAUGAAUUUGAUGAGGGCCAACAAAUAGCUGACAUGAUCCACACACAACCAAUCAUUGCUACUCUAAGAAUUAAAGCAACCUCCUAUCAUACUUUGAACCUGUCAACCAAGUUUGCAACUUGUAUAUUGAUCAAUCCUCCAACUGCUCAAGCAAAUGCGCUUCGUACUUGGUCAAGCAAAAAUCAAGAAGCAUUCCUGAAAUUCAUUGCAGAACGAACAUAUGCCGAUCGCUUAAAUCUCCUCCCAGCUCCGGUCGAUGAUCGGGUUGUCACUAUCAAAAGCUUGACAACUACAAAUACGUGGGGAAAGACAAAGAAAAGACUACUUUCUUUAAGCGAUUGUCUUCGUCCCGAUCCAACAAGGAGAUGCAGACUGACAGUACAACUUAUAGAUCACACUGGUUCAAUCACCCUUGAUCUCAACGGCAAUGAUGCUGAGCAACUACUACCUUUCACUAUCGAUGAAAUCCAAAAGCAAGAGAUACAGAACAAGCUGGACUAUACCACCGUUGAGGAUUUUAUUAAACAAAACAACUUGGUCUGUUUGGUGAAGAAGACCCAAAAUACAUACAAUUCAACUGCUGCAGCCAAAUACAUAGCUAUCAUUGCUCAUAUUAGGAACUCAACUCCCGAAGAGCUCGCUGUCAUAUCAAAGUACACUACCAACUAUGCAACCACAUUAACAUCCUGGAAUUCUGGCACUGCAACAACCUUAACUGAAGUAGUAGAAAAAUCAGACCUCAUCUCCCAAGGAACAGCAAUAGAAGUCGCAAUGACAGAAAUGGAGACAAGGAAAAGAGCCAGCCCAACCAAUUUGGACAACUCAUCUUCUACAAAGUCCAAUGAAGGAAUCAGUGGUGCAGCACCUGCACAACAAAAGGACGGAACCACCAAGAAGCAAUGCAACUGA